AUGGCCAUUUUCAACACCACCCUACAUUGUACAAAAGAAGCACCAGCCGAUGAAACACAGGAAGAUAAAGCAGUUAUAAUAGGAAUCGUUGUGUUAGCAAGCGCGCUUAUUGGUUGUAGUUUGGCGUUGGUCGCUCUCGGAAGAGACUUCUUCAUCGGGAAGAAUCCACCAGUGGUCCUUGUGAGUGCCUUGGUCUGGGUAGAUUUCAUUGGCGUGUUCUCCACUUCAGUGAUCGUGUUCCAUGGUCUUUUGAAAGGUUCAGAAUGGAUGAGAGACUCGCCGCAAUGCGACUUACAGGUGUAUCUUUUGUUUUUCGUUCUCAGAAUUUUUUUCUUUGAGGUCUCACUUUCCCUACAUCCUUACGAAGCGCUUACGAAUUGAUAAAAGACCUAACUUUUAGAACCUCAGGGCUUCUCAAAAUAACAAAAGCGCAUUUUUAUUUGAAGUUUGUUCCUGAAAAGAACCCUUAAAACAAUUUAAUACAUUUUCUCCCGAUAAUUUCAAUAAGUGAUGAAGAGAAUAGCAUGUGAAGUCAUCGGCUGUGAGUUUCGUUUAGUUAUCUGUUUUACCUCAGCCAACUUAGAUUAUCUUUUUCCGCGGUCCCCAUUUACACAUUUGCAGUUGUCAUGGGCGAUGUCUCCCAGCGUAAAACGUUUAGUAGAAUCUUUCCCUUGUCAUUUGUGUUAUAUGAAGCUGUAUCCUGUUUCAAAUCCGUGCGCCCUUGCAUCGUAUUUUCUGAUAUAUCUUUUUUUCUGUCGGUGUUCCUUUCAACUCAUUCUUUCCCUGCUUAAAGUUGUCACGACGAUCUAUAGUUUGCCAUGUUUAACCUAGCAAGUUUAAUUUGUUGCUCUAAGCCAGUUAAGCGCCUUGCUUGUCACGUUAAACCGCUAAUUAUGCUUAAUUUGUCAGGAGUUGCUAGCAGGCCGGCUCGGCUUUCAAACAUCCUAAAAGACGCAGCUUUACUCAUUCAACGACCAUCGUAUUUGCACGAGCCCGUAGGGCGAGUGCAAUUUUGUUAGUCUUUGAAAAAAUUUACUCGUGCUAAUUUAUUCCAAAUUGCACUCGAAAUCAUGUGAUUACCUGUUAAUCAUAUACAUGGAAAAAUACGAGAUGGUCUAUCAUAAUUAAACAUAAGCAAAGCGCGCGCAGCAGAAAUUUUUUUUGGGAUCACUUUCUGAAGGAGCUUAGACACCAGGCUCAAUUAGGUAACCAAGCCUUCUGAUGAUUUGUUAACAAUUCUAUACUCAUCUCCCCCGACUGGUUGAAGUGCGAUUGGAUGGGGACAGGGAAGGGAACAUUUUUGUUACUUGCGCGAGAAAAAACAAAUGGGAAGUUAUCUAUUAACCCUAUUUUUUUUUUAUUUUCGCGUGAAAGAAUAUUACCUUAUCUCGCUGCGCUCCGUUCAAAUACGAAUCUUCUGCCUUUGGCUAAAAUACGCUUUCUUCGUGAAUUCUAAACUCUUCUCACGGUCAAAUGGAACCGAAGGGAAUUUCAAACCUAGAAAAUACUUGCUUCUGAAUAGUGUCUUAGCUCUGCUCUCGGUGACGUUUUUCCGAAGGACCCGCAAGAUUGCAGAACAAUCGCAAGAAGUGCACCUCGUUGAGUACAGGUCUUGAAAAUGUAUUCAAUGUUAAAAGAAAUCCUAGCAGGCAAACAAAAUUAACCUUUCGGUGAACUACGUAAUUGAACCAAGUACUUUUUUUUAACGGACCACAAAAUUCGUCGGAAGUGUAGUGAUCCGCUUAUUUACUCUUGACAUUAAGCUUAUUUCGACUUAAUAAAGCAAUUGGUAUCAAUCAUAUGAAAAUACUAUUUGACAACUUGAUAAUCUUGUUAGAACGUCAUAGGAAGUUGUACCUUCAAAGAAGCUACGUGUAAAAUCUGUAAGGCCUUUUCACUGUUUAUAGCGGUAAAUUUAUAUUCACCGUGGAAGCUUUGCACGUCUUAGUUAUUUGCUUGAUUAUUUUUUGACGCUGUUGUGUUGAGCAUCCAUCUGAAGUGUGCGUGACUGAGUGCUCAGGGUGCAAAGAGUGAAAACGGUACGCAAACCUAAUAAUUUCGACCCCUCCACCCCUCCCUGCUCCACCCUCUACAAAAAUGAGUGGUUUCUGGACCAUAUUGACUUGAAAUUUUACACUUGGUUAUUCCUAAAUUGACUGAUGCCUCACACAAGAGAAAAUUAUUUUCAUAUCAUAUCUGUGCAUCACUGAGGCCUUCCAUUAAUAAAAAGGCUAUUCUGGUAUGUUCCAAUAAUGGCUCUGGGUCAGAUGCGUUUGCAACAAAGGAUGGAAAAAAUGAAUUAUUAUUAUUAUUAUUAACAUUAUUAUCAUUAUUAUUAUUAUUGUGUUCCAUACUCUUAACCAAAUUUGAAACUUUACCACUCCCCUCCCCCAAAGCAGCUACAUGUAAACAAUAUAAGGCCUUUUUUAAAGUCCUCACAGUUUAAUGCCUCAAGGCUUGCUGGUUUGGCAGUCAGUGGAAAUGUAAUGAAAGAAAUACAUUCAGUUGGAUUUAAAUGAUUAUAAUUAGGAUUUAAAUAUCAAUUCCAACUGAGCAAUGACUCACGAUACAGAAAACAAGACAUUGAUUGCAUUAUAUUAGGUGGCUUGAUCCAAAUGAGCCAAGAAAGCUUUUUUUUUUUGUUUUGUUUUGUACCUAAUCAUAAAAAAGCCCCAUAUUCUGUAAUUGUAAGUCAUAAAGUGAAAUUCAGUACUCUAUCUUUAUUCAGUAGACCUUACUACAGUUUUCAACACCACCUUAAUGGGUUGGUGGGUAGGCAUGACCUUGCAGUAUUUGUAUGAGAAUCCAAUGUGAAAUAAUCUUUGUGAAUUAUAUUAGGUGGCUUGAUGCAAAUGAGCCAAGAAAGCAUUUUUUUUUGUUUGGUACCUAAUCAUAAAAAGCCCCAUAUUCUGUAGUAGUAAGUCAUGGAGUGAAAUUCAGUACUUUAACUAUAUUCAAUAGACCUUACUGCAGUUUUCAACACCACCUUGAUGGGUUGGUGGGCAGGCUUGACCUUGCAGUAUUUGUAUAAGAAUUCAAUGUCAAAUAAUUUUUGUGAAAAAUUCUGUUAUGAUAAAAAUAUCAGAAAUAUGGCAAACGUAAGCAACAGUUGUAAACGUUACAGGAAAAGGAUUCUUCUGUAAAAGAAUUUUCUUCUUGCAGACUAAAAUUUCCUGAAAAAAAUAACAGACAAUGCAAGGAAAAUCUAUUACAAACAACAGGGCAAAUUAAAGGACAGGUACAGCCAUAGCCACUAUGAAGUAAGCAUCCCUACCACUCCCAAAAUGCAUUAUCAGUUGCCUCAGAUGUCCAGGCAGUCCAGGCAGUCCAGGGAACAAUUUAAACAUUGACUCAGUUUUGUGUAAUCAGAUUAAUUGUUGCUAAGUGCAUUAUUUCAUGACAACGUACUUCAACAAGUUAGGUAUACAUAUAGUAUAUACCACAAAAGCAAAUUAUUUCUGGUGUUAUCGCUAAUUGAGAUAUCAGAUCAAGAAAGUAUAAGGUUAUUAAUAAAGAGUUAAAUUUUAGCUGUAAGCUUUUCGAGUUAUUGAUUUGACAAUUUACUGUACGUUGUAAAAUUACAAAAGGAAACACUAAAUUUAGGUUGUAAAACACUAAAAAACUUACUUACUUACUUUUCAGUCUCAAAAAGUUUUCCUCUUUACUACUUUAAAAAUUUGAGCUUGUAUUUACUACUCGCCGAAGUUCCUUGUAUUCUCUAGUGUGACAAAAAAGGUCACGCAAGCAAGAAAAGGCUUGGGCACAAAUUCAGUAGGCUUGGCUACUGAGUUAAGCCUGGUUUCUAAGCUCCUUCAGAAAGUGAUCCCAAAAAAAAUUUCUGCGCGCGCGCAUCAAGUGCAAAAAAUAAUUUAUUCAAACCGUGCGUUUGGUCAAAACAACUGCGUACGAUCAAAACAAUAAUAUGCAAUGAUAUCUUCGCAUCUUUAAGGUGCAAAAAAGUUCAAAGUCCGGCUAAACAGUUCAAGGAAUUCUUCAGUCGGUGUCCGAAUCACUUUUGAUGAAAUGGAAUCGUCGUUUCCGAGGUUUAACCAUGUUUGUUUUUAAUUUCGGCGUUGGAUCGCUCGAGCAAAGUGUUAAGCCGGGUCGGCUCGUAAUUUUCGAUUCCUCGGCAAUUCCCUUCUCUAAACAUCACUUUUUCCAAACCGACAACCAAAAAGCAGCGCCUUUUACAGUGUUUUCAUUGUUUAAGCUGUUUUUCAGCUGCGGUGGCGAAAGAAAACCUACUUAAAAUGCCGGCCAUUGUUUCGCUCGCUAAUUUUCAAAUUUUGUUGCGACAUCCAAGGCUCGCAUUUGAUUGGCUAUCUGUGAGUUUCUUUGAUUAUUGACCAAUCAGACUGUCUGAUUUGUUUCUUUCUUUGCACUGAAUUAACCCUCUUCUGCACUGAAUUAACUCUCUUCUGUACUGAAUUACCUGAAAACUGCAUUUAUCUUAACCAAUCAGAACUGAGUAAUUUUUCCAUGUAUAUUAUUAAAAAACUAACAGAAUGGCGAUUGUUUUUUUUCCUCACCAGGCAUUCUUCACGACAGCAUUUGGAUUAUCUUCAGGUGCUGUGGUCACUUCCAUGUCUUUGGAUCGAGUGGCUGCCCUGUACAAACCAUUCUUUUAUAAGCUACACGCCACCCCUUUGCUUUCGCGGACAAUCUGUGCAUUUCUCACGAUGUUCUGUCUAGCGUUGGCGGCUCUUCCAUUCUUUGGUAUUGGAAAGUACAAAUUCAACCAAAGUUCCAGAUCGUUUUGUCAGUUUGAUUGGUUCCCAGUUACACUUACUGAAACAGUUAAUUCCUUGGCCAUAGCAGUUUGUGGCGUAACAUUGAUUACCGUCAUGACUGUAUCAAAUACCAUCGUUUUGGUCAUUGUGGUGCGUAUCAGACGACGAAUGUCAGCGGUCCUGCCUUCGGAUAUGAAUUCUAAACGCCGUGCGCGGAGAUUCGCUUUCCGACAGGAAGAAAGGAUGGCAAAGUUUGUAGCUUUGGCCUCCAUUAUAUUCCUUUUUACUUGGCUACCAGUAACGGUAAGCUCAUGCUCCAGUCCUUUUUAGUUCUAGUCAUGGGCCUACGAUGCACGUGGACGCCUAACAACGAUCGAAUUGCCCCACUGACACCACCCAUUCAAUUUCUUGUCCAUCGACAACACCAAAAUAUCCCGGGAUUUGCGAGCGGACGCAACAUUCACAAAAUUUUUAAUUUUCGCAGUUUUGUCGAGUUUUGCAACUUUCAUUGGUGUCCAUCUUAGCCUCACUUACAUUGAACUUACGCUGAAAGGCCUGCAAAAUGUGGUAAUUUUAGGGCAGUACUCAAAAUGUUUACAAUUUUUUCAACCCCUCUUUUUUAUUAUUGUUUUUGACCUGUCACUGAGAAUGUAAUAUAUUAGUGUCAUGUUGGACCGUCAUUGAACCUUACUUGUAUUUCUUUACCGAUUUUUAUCCAUGGUUUACCAAGUUUUGUCAUCUUUGUUCCUUCUUAAUUUUGGUAAUUUUCAUAGUUUUUGUCCUUUUGAUCGCGCCAUCCUCGAAACUUAAUUAUCCAUUUUCCCAUCGAUUUUAUAUACAGUGUUUCAUGCAAAAUCAAAACUUCGUAAAUUUUGUAAAUCUUGUAAUUGAAACAAAUUUUCGUCCUUGCUUUCGAUCCAGUACAUAUCUGAAUUGUUGACAAAGCUACACGUCAGCUUUACCCGAUUAUUAACACCAGUCAUUUAUUCGCUGAUUUCUUUUUUCAGGUCCGGCUCUUUUGUAACAUCUUUCGGGCGUAUCCAAGCACCGUAAUGGAUAACCUCUCCCUCAGACUUGUGAUCUUCAAUUUCGUUCUGGAUCCAUUCACUUACGUACUUUUCAAGAAGAAUUUCAAACGGAAUUUACAGCGCUCCUUAACUGAGCUGUCGGAAUUCCUUGCUGAUGUUCGUUUGAAUAAGAAAGUGAACAGGAAUGUAUCUUUCAAAGAAGAUGAUAACAAGUCUGCGUUAGUAUUCGGGACAAACGGAGAAAUGUCGGCUAUUGAAAACACUCGAGAUCGUGUUGAAAAAACUUGUUAA